ACAAAGAUUGUUUCCCCUGAUUAUAGAAAGCGAAAAUGAGCUGAUGAACUGAAAAUACUGAGCAAUGGCAAUAUUUAGUGUAUAUAUAAUAAAUAAGGCUGGUGGUUUAAUAUACCAGUUUGACCAUAAUCAUAGUCGACCAGAAUUGGAGAAAACAUUUGCAUAUCCUCUCAAUUUAAUGUUGAAAAUUUAUGAUGAUAAGGUGGUAGUUGCAUUUGGAGAAUGUGACGGGAUAAAAGUUGGUCAUUGUGUACUUGGAAUUAAUGGUAUUACUGCAGAAGGAAGAUAUUUGCAAGAUGGCAGAGAAAUCUUAGAAGUUUUAUCUUCACCAGAAAAUUACCCCAUUAACAUAAAAUUUGGGAGGCAAAAAUUAUCAACAAAUGAAAAAAUUAUGUUGGCUAGCAUGUUUCAUUCAUUAUUUACAAUUGGUUCCCAGCUUUCUCCAGAACCUAGAUCUUCUGGUAUAGAGUUGUUGGAGACAGAUGUAUUUAAACUUCAUUGUCAUCAGACUAUGACAGGAAUUAAAUUUAUUGUGAUAGCAGAUCCUAGGCAAACUGGUGUUGAUGUGUUUCUUAAAAGACUUUAUGAGAUUUAUGCUGAUUUUGCAUUAAAAAAUCCAUUUUAUUCCUUGGAUAUGCCUAUAAGAUGUGACCUGUUUGAUACAAAUCUACAGCAAACAAUAGAACAAACUGAAAGACAAGGAAUAAAUACUGUAUAAUAAACAUAUGAUGUCUUUUAUAAAUGUCAUCCUUUUUAAAGAUAUUGAAUUUAUUGAAAUCUAUGUUGUAAUAUUUCAUAUAAUUUUUGUUUUAAAAAAAAAAUUUUAGAAAAAAAAAAAUGAAAGCCUUUCUGAACAGAUAAGAUGCAUUGAUAAAACUGUUUGUGGAUACAUAAAAAAUAGGACCCUCUAAAAAAUAGGACCCUUCUAAAAAAUAGGCUCCUCCUGAAAAAAGGCUCCCUUCUUCAUCUCAAUUGGAUGGAACUAG